AUGCCACCGAUUACGCCUUCUUCUCUGAGUGAUUUAAAGAGGCCCCAAGCCUGGGGUGCAGAGCUCAGCCUUCCCAUAUCCCUACCCAUUAUCAUCAUGUCCUCUAUUAUUGCAUCUGCUGGAGAAGCUGCGCACAGUUUUGUCGCCUCUCUACUUGCGCAUGCUCAAAUCAACCCUGGAGACACCAUUCCAAAAACCGAGAUCAAAGAGGAUGCCCCUGACCAGACAGUGCCUUUAGUUCUCACCGGAAAGAAUGUUCUCAUUGGAGUGCCUGGAGCCUUCACAACCCCAUGCAAUGGACACAUUCCCCCAUUCAUCGAAAGCUACGAAGAGUUCAAGGCAAAAGGUGUAAAUGCCAUAUACAUCUUUGGCGUCAACGACACCUUUGUGACCAAAGCGUGGAAGGAGAAACUAGCACCCAACGGAACUCGUGAGAAGCGUCUCAUUAUUCUAUUUGACUCGUACCUAAUCGUUAAACCAACAGCUAUUCAUUUUAUUGCCGAUGAUAAAGCUUCGUUCGUCAGCUCUGUCGGUCUUGCCUUUGAUGCGUCUGGUUUGUUGGGGGGAAUACGCUCAAAACGCUUUGCCAUUGUUACUGAAGGAGACAAAGUUGUUUCCGUUGCUGUCGAGGAGGCGCCACCCAACGUCACCGUCACGAGCGCCCAGUCUGUUUUGGCGUCCCUUUAA